CUUCGAGUGUCCCGGAUGUGGUGGCCGACCGCGCAUGCGCGCUGGAGUCGCCGCGAGUGGCGGUUGGCUGAAGCUGCCAUGUCGUCGUCGCCCCUGGAGAAGCCGCAGAUCAUCGCCCACACGCAGCAGGGCCUGAACUACACCGUCUUCGACUGCAAGUGGGUGCCGAGCAGCGCCCGCCUCCUCUGCCUGGGCAGCUUCCCGCGCGGCACCGGCGUCAUCCAGCUGUACGAGCUGCAGGGCGGCCGCCUCAGCCUCCUCCGCGAAAUUGAAAAGUCAAAGCCUAUUAAAUGUGGAACAUUCGGGGCGUCCUCUCUACAACAAAGAUAUCUAGCUACAGGAGACUUCGGGGGAAAUUUACACAUAUGGAAUUUGGAGGCUCCAGAACUCCCGGUGUACUCUGUGAAAGGGCAUCAAGAAAUCAUCAAUAGCAUUGACGGUGUUGGUGGCUUAGGAAUUGGGGAAGGAGCACCAGAAAUUGUGACGGGGAGUCGUGAUGGCACGGUGAAGGUGUGGGAUCCAAGACAAAAAGACUUCCCGGUGGCCAACAUGGAGCCAGCUCAAGGGGAGAGCAAAAGAGACUGCUGGACCGUAGCGUUUGGCAAUGCGUAUAAUCAAGACGAGCGGGUUGUCUGUGCGGGCUACGACAAUGGAGACAUUAAGCUGUUUGACCUGAAGAACAUGACGUUGCGAUGGGAGACCAACAUCAAGAACGGGGUCUGCAGUGUUGAAUUUGACAGGAAGGACAUCAAUAUGAACAAGCUGGUGGCCACAUCCCUGGAAGGAAAAUUUCACGUGUUCGACAUGCGGACUCAGCAUCCAACGAAAGGUUUCGCUUCUCUUUCGGAAAAGAAAAUAAAACUGACAGUGUGGGAAAGCGGCACCCUCCCACAGAACAGGGAUAUCUUUGUGACGAGUGGAGGAGCUGGAAACCUUCACCUUUGGAAGUAUGAUUACCCCGGAAAGCUUCAAAAGAAGGAUUCAGAAGGAAGAGAGAUGGGAUGGCCGCUCGGCCAGCCUCUGCAGAACGUGACAUUAUCCACUCAGCCUAUCUCCAGCCUCGACUGGAGCCCAGACAAAAGGGGUCUCUGCGCUUGCAGCUCCUUUGACCAGACUGUGCGAGUGCUCAUCGUCACGAAACUGAACAGGGUUUGACAGAAGAAGGAUUUCCAGCGGGCGCGUUUCUGAGCAAGCUGUUCUCGUUAAAGUUCAAUGACAUUCUUAUGCCGCAGAAAAUGUGGAAACAUUUUCCAGGACUGGGUUUUUAAAAAAGCAUCUCUUCAAAAAUGUAACAUUAAUUUCUCUAAAACUUCCCUCCAGAUUUAGCACCUGAAACCCUGUUUGAUUUGGCGGGAUGCUUUUGCGUUUAAAGCCCUUUACAUUCACUGCGUUUUCAUGUUCUCGAAUUUCGAAUACCUUUAAUGGCAUGUUCGUUUGUCCCUUGUUAAAUGUUUGCGUUCACUUUGGUUUGCCGUCCCACAGGACUAUUCAGCAAUUAUUUGACACCCUAGAAGACAGACCUCUGAAGCAGCGAGUGUUGGUAUGUUUGUCUGUGCAGCUUGAACUCCGCUGUGGGUUCAAAAUCUGAAUAAUGAUGUUGGAUAGAAUAAAGGCUUAAUAUUU